AUGGCUCCCGCGUUCAGAGCGACGGAAGGAUCGGCAAACGUCUCGACGGAACUUCGCAGGGCAGGAGCUAAGGCUAAUGCGUCCGGAAAGCCGGCGAUUGCUGAAGCCGUGAGCAGCGCGAGCGGUUCUGACAGGUUCCAAACUGCUGCUGAGAACGGUCCUGGUUCUGGCUGUAGUAGACUCCUAGCGUCUGCCGCCAGUGCUGCCGUUUCCUCCGGCGUGGUCGUUAACGCCUCAGAAGUACAAACAUCCGGGACCGCGGUUAUUACCGACGCGUGUCCCUCGUUCGUAAAUUCCGAGCUGGCUACGUGUGACCUGGCUGCGAGAAUGGCGGAUCAUGCGGACGUGGCAGCUGAACUGGAUGGGGACGGACACAACCACGAGCACCCACGAUGUUCGCCAGUGCUUCGUCGCAAACCGAUGGACGUGCCUAUGAAGAUGGUUCGCCAGCUCUUCGCGACGGGCGAUAAUAAUCACACGGGAUUGGACGAAAGGAAAGAGGACGGCGUGAGGGACACGUGGACCGAGUCCUUGGAGCCUGAUUUUCAGUUCUCUGAUAUGAAUGUGCUUAUGUCGAGCGGGCUUGAUGGCAUAACGUUCGAUUCGUCGACCGGAGAGUGUGCUGGAGAGGGGGAUGACGCAUCUGACGCGAAGGGAAGAGAGAAAGGCGAAGAGGACAAGGAAGGGGAAGAGGAGGGAUUGGAAGAGUUUGAAGAAGAAAUAGAAUUGGUGAUUGAGGAAUAUGAUGUGAAGGAAGAGGUGGAGGUCGGAGAGAAGGGUGAGGAGCAAGAGGAUGAAUUGGAAGAGUUUGAAGAAGAAACAUUCUCGAUUGAGGAAGAUGAUGUGAAGGAAGAGGUGGAGGUUCGAGAGAAGGGCGAAGGCAAGGAGCAAGAAGAAAGCGACAGUGAUGAGGACGAGGAUGAGAAGGAGUUGGAGGAGGAAGAAGAGGAAAUGGAGGAUGGCUAUUCGAUUGUUCUAAAGGUUGGUCAGGUUAUGUUGCCAUGCAAGGUGAGGUACGACAACGAGGAGAUUGUUCAGAUUGUGAAAGCAGUGGACGAUUCGGAGAUUGUGGAGGUGGUUGAUGACGUGGCAGAUAACGAUGACGUGGCAGUCCAUGACGUGGACAGGCACAAGGACUGCCAAGGACACGGCCGAACCUGCACGUCUCUUACUGCGGCCAGUGGCAGCCCGCCACGUGUCCUCUCCCUGUCCAUGGAGAAUUCCUCCCCUCCCGCUCCUUCCUCACCCACCUCUCCUCUCCACUAUCCGCCCAUCUCCUCCUCCCCGCCUCCCACUGAGUCCCUAGAGCAAUUGCUCGCACCUCCCACCAUCCCCACACCUCCCUUUCCACCCCCUCGUAAGAGCAUCCUCAAGCCCUCGUUUGUGGAACGCUGCGGUAACGCAGCGUCCUCCUGCAGGGUCACGAGUGGCAAUGCCAUGGGAACCGCGGGUCGGAAGCGGCAGAGGGAAGGGAGCGAGAGUGGCAGUGCGUGUGGUGGAAGGAAGGACGGGCAGGGAGGAGGGGUGGGAGGAGGGGUGUCAGAAGGGGCUUUCGUGGAAGCGAGGGGGGUGCGGCCGACAGCACGGGAGCGAGUGGAGAGGCAGAUGGAGGUGGCAGAGGCAGCAGUGAGAAUGCUCGUGGAGCGAUGCAAGGUUGAUGUUUCACAUGGCCAAGGAGCGUCUGUGCCGUCCUCAUUGGCUGAUGAUGCCCUCCACCAGAUGGAGCAGCUGCGCCAUGCAGUCCUGGACAUAACCAAGCCGCGCAAGCGCCUUCGAUUUGCAGACGAGCUUGGGAACGAGCUGAACCAUAUCCGUUUCAUUCAACCCAGGGGCCAAUCGCAGCGUGCCGCGCAGGCGUCAGUAACGGACCCCUUCUUCGAUCUGCUCCAGCCAUCCGCCUCAGCCCCUAAGCCCGCGCCUGGCGCUACCGCGUCGUCCGCGCUCACCAGCGGAUCUCCGCCGUCCAACGACCCCGCGUCGCCGUUCGUCCGCUCCCGCAGUCCUCCCGCCGACUCGGCCUUUCCAGGCUCCGCGUCACGCGGUGGCAUGACAAGCUCGUUUCCCGAAUCUGGAAAGCAUGGGAACAAUACCGGGGGUGGUGGGACUAGUGGCGGACUUGGUUCUGGCUUGUCUGAACUUGCUGGUGGUGGUGGUGGUUCUGGUGGCUCGUCCUUCAAUUUCCUCAGUUCGCAGGGCCCAACCCACUCCCAACCUCAGCAUCCCUCCCCACCUCAUCCAUCCUUUUCCACUGGAGACGGGGGCAUGGGCGGCGGCGGAAUGGUGGGUGCUAACCUGGGGGGAGGGGGCAGCAUGGGGGGAGCAGCAGGGGGAGCGGGAGGCGGGGGAGGCGCAGGGGGCGCGGGGGGCGCGGGGGGCGCGGGGAUGCGCGCAGCAGCAGCAGCGCGCGCGCCAGCGACAGCAGGGGACGUGGCGCAGGUGGCAGCGGAGGUCACCUCUGCCAUGGAGCACCUGCUGCAGCGCUUCUCCGAGGGCGUCUCUGCUGCUCUGGGGGACGCGAGCAGCAGGGUGCGGCGCGUGGAGGCGGCGGUGGCGGCGCUGCAAGGAGCGGUGGAUCGUGCUGCUGGGGAUGACGGGGAAAGGCACGCGGAGAUUGACUCGCGGCUUCGAUCCGUGGAAAACGUGCUUCUAGAGCGCCUGCUGCAGCGCUUGUCCGAGGGCGUCUCUGCCGCGCUGGGGGACGCGAGCAGCAGGGUGCGGCGUGUGGAGGCGGCAGUGGCGGCGCUGCAGGGGGCUGUGGACCGUAGUGCGGGCGAUGACGGAGAGAGGCACGCGGAGAUUGACUCGCGGCUUCGGUCGGUGGAGAAUGUGCUUCUAGAGCGCCUGCUGCAGCGCUUCUCCGAGGGCGUCUCUGCCGCGCUGGGGGACGCGAGCAGCAGGGUGCGGCGCGUGGAGGCGGCAGUGGCGGCACUGCAGGGGGCUGUGGACCGUGCUGCGGGGGAUGACGGGGAGAGGCACGCUGAGCUGGAUGGGCGGCUGCGAUCGGUUGAGAACGUGCUGCUAGAGGGCGCGGUGGACCGUGCUGCGGGGGAUGACGGGGAGAGGCAUGUGGAGCUGGAUGGGAGGCUGCGAUCUGUGGAGAACGUGCUCUUAGAGGUGAGUGUCUUCGACUCAAAAGUGAACGGCAGUGGUGGCGGCGCUGCAAGGAGCUGUGGACCGUGCUGCGGGGGACAAGGGGGAGAGGCACGCGGAAUUGGACGGGAGGCUGCGAUCUCUGGAGAACGUGUUGCUAGAGCGCCUGUUGCAGCGCUUCUCCAAGGGCGUGUCUGCCGCACGCCUCUCCCUCCAUCCUCCCCUCCCCCUGUAUGCACCACUCUGCCCUCUCCCCGCAUCCUCACCCACCAGGUGCAGCGCAACCUGCAGCUGAUGCAAGACAAGCACGAGCAUGCACAGACACAGCCCCCCCCCCCCCUUGCCUGUGUAACACUGUCCUCCCCCCACCCCUCCCCCCACCGCGUGCAUCAGGUGCAGCGCAAUCUGCAGGUGAUGCGGGACAAGCAGGAGCUGGCAGAGGCACAGGCGGAGCUUUCCAAGCUCAAGUUCCUCGCCCUCCCCGCCCCCCCCUCCGCCUCCUCCUCCUCCGCUGCUGCUGCUGCUGCUUCUGCUGCUGCUGCUGCCCCUCUGCCUCCACCACCAGUGGCUGAGCCAGCAUCAGCAGCAGCGCCAGUGCCUGCUGCUGCGUCCGCCCCUCCCGCUCCUGUCCCCUCUGCGCCCCCUGAAGCCUCCGCCCCUCCUCCUCCUUCCCCCAGCCCCUCUCCGCCUGCCCCUGCGCCUGCGCAAGCUCCUCCCCCUGCUCAGUACCAGGCACCCCCGCCACCACAGCAGCAGCAGCAGCAGCAGCAGCAGCAGCCAACCAUGCCGCCUCCUGCUCCCAUGGUUGCCCAACCCCCUCCCCCAUCCAUCCCCCCUACUGCCGGCCCGCCUAGUGGGUAUAGACGCUUGCCCAUGGCACAGCCUGUCAGCAGCAGUGGCAGCGGCGGGGGAGGGAGAGUGGGGAGCGGAGGGGGAGGGGGGGGUGGAGGGGGUGAUACAGCGAGAGUGCCUUUAGAUAAGGUGGUUGAUGACGUGGCAGCCAUGGGAUUCCCAAGGGAUAAGGUUCGCAUGGUGGUGCAGAGGCUUAUGGAGAGAGGCAAGUCGGUUGAUUUGAAUGCUGUGAUCGAUGAGGUGAUGAAUGGAGGGGGUGGGGCUGGGGGGGGAGGAGGAUGGUAUGGGCGGUGA